GUUGAACGAAGGAAUUUAGGGUUUCUCUGCUAACUAACGCCCUUCCUUCAUCGAGAACCGAUUCAGCAAAUAUGACUAAGAGGACCAAGAAGGCUGGAAUAGUUGGGAAAUAUGGUACCCGGUAUGGUGCCAGUCUGCGAAAGCAGAUUAAGAAAAUGGAGGUUAGCCAGCAUAGCAAGUACUUCUGCGAGUUUUGUGGAAAGUAUGCAGUGAAGAGGAAAGCCGUGGGUAUUUGGGGCUGUAAAGAUUGCGGCAAAGUCAAAGCAGGCGGUGCUUAUACAUUGAACACUGCAAGUGCUGUGACAGUUAGAAGCACAAUCCGAAGAUUGAGGGAGCAAACUGAGAGUUAGAGCAAUCAUCAAUCAGCUUUUUUGUUUAUCUGCUUAUGACUAGUCUAUGGAAUUUUGAGAUCAGAUAUGUUUUUCAAUUACAAGACCAUUUUGAUGUUUGUGAACGCACUCGAUUUAGUCAUUUAGAUGCUGUUGGGGAAAUUGAUCUUUUCUGAGAAAGUUAAUAUCAUUUCCA